AUGGAAGUUUUCCAGAAGUCCGCAGAAAUACUUGCGCAGUCGUUGCAGCUGGAAGUCCGUCUGCGAUUCUGGCCUAGAAAGGAACUCCUUGUUGUUUUCCAAGAUGAACUGCAGCUUCUUUGCGACAGUGUCGUCCACAAACGAGGUGUCUACCUUGUGGAACUUUGCAAUCACCUUGUUCAGAAUUCCUGUGAUUUCCACACGAAGCCGAAGAUCAGCGUCGCUAAACUGCCUGCCGUUCUGCCAGCUGUCGAGAAUGCCUUCGAUACUCUGCAGGAAACUCUUGAAAAUGUUUACGUUCAAACAACUUAA